GUGUGUGGGGGGGGGGAGAGAAGCUGCACGUUCCCCUUCCCUCGCCCCAGCGGAGCCCAAGGCCGGGCUGCCCGGAUUGGCCGCGGAGGGCCGCCAGCUCCGCCCGCUGUAGCCGUGCUCGCCUUGGCUGGGAGGAGGAGGAGCAGCGGCGGCGGGGGGAAGAGGAGCCGAGGCUGCGCUCCGUGCGCUGCCUAGUCUGGAGCGGGGGAGCCUGGCAGCGGCAGGAGCGGCGGCGGCUCAGGAGCGGCGGCGGCGGCGGCGGCAGCAGGAGCAGCCCGGAUCCUGCUGGUCUUGAGGAGGAACCAGCCCUGCGAACCCUCCGCUCCUUGCGCGCGAGGCCGAAGAGGGGGCCGCCACCCCCGCCGGCGCCCCAACCGAUCCAUGACCAUGGGCGACAAGAAGAGCCCGACCAGGCCAAAAAGGCAAGCAAAACCUGCAGCCGACGAAGGUUUUUGGGAUUGUAGUGUCUGCACCUUUAGGAACAGUGCUGAAGCCUUUAAAUGCAGCAUAUGUGAUGUCAGGAAAGGCACCUCUACAAGGAAACCUAGGAUAAAUUCUCAGCUUGUUGCACAACAAGUUGCUCAGCAAUAUGCUACACCACCGCCUCCUAAAAAGGAGAAGAAAGAGAAGGUGGAAAAGCAGGAAGAGAAAAAACCAGACAAAGAAAAAGAAAUUAGUCAAAGUGUUAUAAAGAAGAGUACCAGCAAGAAGACCAAGCCAAAGUCCGAUAUUGUGAAAGAUCCCCCAAGCGAAGCAAACAGCAUACAGUCUGGGAAUAUGACAACAAAGACCAGUGACUCAAAUCAUACCUCAAGGCCCAGACUGAAAAAUGUGGACAGAAGUACCGCCCAGCAGCUGGCAGUCACAGUGGGAAACGUCACAGUAAUUAUCACAGACUUUAAAGAAAAGACUCGCUCCUCCUCCACGUCUUCAUCGACAGUGACCUCCAGUGCAGGAUCAGAACAGCAGAAUCAGAGCAGCUCGGGCUCAGAGAGCACAGACAAGGGCUCGUCCCGCUCCUCCACGCCAAAGGGCGACAUGUCCGUAGUCAACGAUGAAUCCUUCUGAGAAUUGCACAUGGAAUUGUGGGGAACUCGAUGAAAUCAGGGUAUGAAAUUCAAAUAUUCCAUCUGUCCACUAGGCUGUAGUCCUGGGAAAGCUGCCAGUGCCACUCUUCCUCUUCCUGUGCUUCAACGUACUUUAUGGACAUCGUCCCCUUGAACUGAUGACACCAGGAUCGUUUGAGAAGGCUACGGGCAUCUGGCCACUGACGAAUUUCGCACCCUGACAAUUACUUUUUGACACUUACGUAUUCCAUUGUUUUAUAUGAUUUUCCUAACAAUCAUUUAUAAUUGGAUGUGCUCCUGACUCUACUUUUUUAUAAAUCUGCUGUGCACAGUCGUCCCGCCCCCCCCCCCCCGCCCCCAUGAAUAUUGGAAGCUUUUGUUUUGUUUUGUUUUGGGUGAGGGGAUAUGAUGCGGGUGGGAAGGGAGGGCUGCCGGAGGAUUUUUAUUUAUUGUAUUCACAAACUACAUCCUCUCAUUCUUCUCCCCCACCCCAGCAUAUCCUGUUGAGUUCAGUUCUCCCUCUUCUUCCAGUUAUACUGUGUACUAUCAGUUUUGAUAUAAAUUAUAUAUAAAUAUAAAUAUAAAUAAAUAUAUAUAUAUAAAUAAAAUAUAUAUAUAGGGUUAUUUGAAACCAAUACAUGGAAACGCUGGUGCUUGAAACACUGUGAAGUGAAACAAUUUAAGAUCUGGGACGGUGAGUGCCCUUUGGAAAGUGCUUAAACAAAACCGGAACCAGUUUUAGAUUAACGAGAGUGUUCCUGGAGGUUCAAAUGGAGAUAGGACCUGGCUUUCUUCUUGUGCUUUGGCUGAAGAGUACUGGACAAAGAUAGAUGUCUAUUUUCUUAUUUUCUGUUCCUUUUUUUAAAUCCAAAAGGUGCUCCAGGUAACUUGCAUUCCCAGUAGGAUAUCUACAAAACAAUAAAAUUCCAGCCUUUUCCUACAGUAGUGUACAAAUUUUAAAAACUGCAGUCUACACUGUUUUCAGAAUACCUAGUAUUAACGUACAUGAUGGCUGCACAUUAACGUUGCCUAGUUCUCGCAUAACUGAUCUCACUUUAACUGUUUCACAACUUUUUAUCUAGCCAUUUUCCAGCUCUGUUAUCGGUUAUGGGGGGUAACAUUGAGUAUCUACGGGGCAGGGGAUAUCUGCUAGCGUUUGUGAUUUAAGGCAGCCAACAGCCUAAUAUUGAGGGUGCCACCCUUGCCCCUGCUAUCAUCACUAGGCCACUAGGCCACACAGCUUAUUCUCAAUGCAAAUAUUUUAUGUCUGACUCUGCUCUUUCAUUUCUAAUUAAUUCAUUGUGUAUCCUGAGAGAUCUCUUUUUUAAAAAACAACAACAGUCCGUCAUCGAAUGACGAUGUCUUUGGGUUUAUUGGUGUUUAGACAUGUCUAGAUAAAAAUAAACUGCUAUGGGAGCUAAAGUUGAGAAGAACUUGCAUACCGGCAAGCUAGGAGCAGAAUGGCCAAAUAGCUUCUUAUUCUUUCUAGAAAGGUUUUUCUGAGUGUAAGCUGCUUUCCAGUUUCAAAUUGUGUUGCAGUUUUUUCCUAGCUCACAUGUUACCCUACUUAAAACACUAGAAUGAAGUGAUGGAACACUGUUUUAGAAAAUUCCUUGUGUGUGUGCUUUUUUAGGCGACCCAGAGUGCUUUGCUGUAAUUUCAGUAGCCCCUUUCCCAGUUAUCAAAAUGGAUACCCGGCGGGCCACUUGGCAGAACUCGGUGCUAGAAAAAUUACUGUACUAAUUUCUUGCUUGAAAUAUAUAAAUUAUUUCUGUUGUAUAGAGUUGCAUUUUUAUCAGAUUAGUUUUAAGUAGCAACAAACACAAGCUCCUCUCAUAUCAAUCUUAAAUUUAACCUAUGCUUAACUGAAUAAAAGCCGCUCUGCUCAAAGAGGUAAGAUUAGCAGAGCAGUGCCUUGGCAGCUGCAGUUCAAUUCUGAACAUGGUGGGUUUCUCACUGUUCAUAUAUCGAAUUAUUCUUUUUUGAACUCUUAUUCUUAAAAGUAUUUAUUAAAAAAGAAAAAAAGAAACAAGAACCAAAGGAAAACCAGAUGAUUCUCGUAAGCUCUGAAAUACAAUAGGUGUAGUUUUUAAUAGUCCACAUCAAUCCACAUUUUUUAGCAUUGGUAUGAUAUUGUAAAGACAUUCCUUUUCCAAGUUUUCCUAUUCCUUUAAAGGAUCUCAGGGAGGUAAAUUGGUCAGCCAUAAUUUAUUUUUGGAGAGAAAGAAAAAAUAAUUUUUAAAGAGAUGUUUUGAACUUAAGUCCCAGAUGUGUGUAUUUUGCACAGCUUUUUUUAAAUGAAUGAAGCAGAAAGAAUUAGGCCUAUAUGCAUUUGGCCCCUUCCCAGCAAAAACCUGAUCUACGGACAUGGGCAAUAGGAGUGCAUCUUCAGUGGCUUCCUAGAAUAAGGCCUUUGGAGUAGGAAAAGAACUGUGUGUGUUGAAUAAAAUUGCUCAAUAUGGUGAGCACCACCCACCAAGUGCUGCUGCUCCAGUCAUUUUAUUGUGGCUUUUUGUGGGCCGUCAUUCAAAUAGUGCAUAGCAGCAGGGGUUGGCGGGUUCUGCCUGGUGAAAUAUGCCCUUUAGGUUAGGUAACAAAAGCUUUAACAGUAACAAACGGCUCACUGGCUUACCAAUUCAAUGAAAUCCUCUUUGGGUUUUCUUUAGUUUUCUCCCUUUUUUAAAAAAAAAUAUAUAUGUGCCUCUGGCAUAUUAGCCUGUUAGAAUAAAGUAUGCAAAUCUGUCUUUGGCACAAGUGGUGUGACUGAACUGCAUUUGGCUGAAAUUGUCAGCUAAGCAUUCAAACUUCUUUUGGGCCGCAUUUUUAGCUGUUGCGUUGCGAACUCUGCAAUCGAUAACAACAACCCCUCCCUUUUCUUUUAAAGAAAAGCAUGUUUAAAAAUGGAAUUUCCUUCACUUUUCUGCAUUUCAGUUAGCCAUACAGUAGUUUUGAGAGCAUGUUUUUAAAAUACUAGUGUAGAAGAAGGGCCAGACAUGCUUCGUAGCAAGUGGCACAGAAAGCAGGCGAGGACAAAGCACAGUGUUAACAUUUGCAAGUUUCAAUUUUUACACUUUAUAUAUACACACAGACAAACACACACACACACACACACACACACACACACACACGUGCACACCAUACGCACAACAGCUUGCUUGACUUGCUCAGUUUGAAAUAGUCAUGCAAAGGGAACAAUAAGAAUAAGAAGAAAACCAAUUGGAUAGGCAGUUUUAAUUGAAAAUCUUUUGCUUGUUAAAAAUCAGUUAGUUUAAAAAAUUGGGCAGUAGUUGUACUCAUUGAGACACUUCCAUCUGCCUUAUCAGUACCAUUUUCAGUCUACUUUUUUAAAAACGGCAACAACCGUAAACGUAAAUUAUUGAAAAUUUAUUACUUGCUGACUAUAAUAACCUUUGCUUGUAUGUAACCGAAAAAAAUGGUUUUAAGAGCCAACAUUUAGAAUAUGACAAUGGAGCUGAACAGUUUUUAAUGCGCAAGCAGUUCUGUUCUUGUGUAUGACUUGUAACCUUAAUUUACUGUGUAAAGAUGGUUACAUUAUUUCUUUAGCUUUGUUUGUUUGGAGACAAAUAGAGAAUGCUUGUUUAAGUACGUCAAGACAUAAUUUUAUCUUGUGGAUUUUUACGUUAAUGUAUUAUACGAGCUAUAUUUUCCAUUUGCCCAGAAAGACAGCUUGUAUAACGCUUUUGAAAGUUUUCUGCUCUGUAAAGUCUUUAGAGCUGACAGUCCUGUUAAGUUUGUUUAAUCUUCAUGCUAAAAGUGUCAAUGGUGGUUUUGUGAACUGGUCAGAAAAAUUCACAGGUCUUAAAUGUUUUCGGAAAAUUUAUAUUGGACACUGCUCUUUGUCUAGCAAAUAAAAGAUGUUAAUAUAUUCCUGUUACCGGCAUGUGCACGACUGUUAUUAGAAGCCACUUUAUCAUUUUCCUGCUUUAAAUAGAAAUGUCUAUUUAUGAAUUCUGCUUGUAGUUUUUUCACAAAUAAAAUAGUAACAUUUAAUUAAA